AUGGCAUCUACUUUGUUUAUAGACCUUGAUGGUCAACCUAUACCCGACAGCGAAGUUCUAGGAUAUGGAAGGUCAGGUGUUGUGAUUUUGCGUAAUGGCCUAGCCGUCAAGAUGCCUUUAAGGCAUCCAUGGAGUACUGAGGAUGAUUUUCAGGUGAACGUGGAGGUCAUUCAGCGAGAGCAAGAAGUCUACCGUCGAUUGAAUUCCACUGGGGGCGGAAAUGGUCAAAUUGACGGUGUUGUGCCUUGUAUCGGCUUCUCCACGAAAACUACUCAACUCGCCUACAUGGAACAGGGCGACCUUCGCGCCUACUUGGGAAAGAAUAAGCCUCCUCUGGCACUCCAGAUGUCAUGGUUUCGUCAAAUGGCACAUGCACUGGAGCAGAUCCAUGAUAAACGUGUGCUUGUGGCUGAUAUUGCUACUCGCAACUUCCUCCUUGAUUCUGAUCUCUCCGUCAAACUGUGCGACUUCACCGAAGCAUCUGUUCUCCCGCUGGAUACAGUUAUGGAAACAGCCGACGAUGACGGGUUCUCAAUACAGACAGAUAUCGGACAACUCGGAGCAGUUAUGUACGAAGUUGUAACAGGGUUAAAAUGUGAUUUUGAUCUCUUCAAAGAUAACGCCCCUGAUGAUGGUCGAGCAACUUGGCCCCAGCGAACAUCCCUUCCCAGCACAAACGGUCUGUGGGAUAUCGAGUCUAUCGCAAGAUCUGUCGUCAGGAGAAUACCUGCUCGAAUCAGUCGUCGCCAAAACAAAGUAGACCGAGCUGCCCAAAUUUAUUCCCCAAUACGUCUUCCUCAAGAACUACGGCCGCUCUUCGAGCAGUGGAAAGGCCUCCCGCAGAGAUUUCCGCUUCUCCUGCCAGAGUCGCAAGGUGACAGUCAAGAGCUGCCAGUUAAGUCUCCGGAUGAGUUUGUUGCGAAAUCAUUCUUAUUCCUUUGUGGCAUUGAACGGGUUAUGAUCAUCGAGAAAGUACGUUGUCGACUAUGCUAUGUUGCAUUCUAUUUGAUGAAAGACCAACUUCAACGCGAUAGCUUCCGCCAGGACGCAAUAGUUUGCCUCUCUGACAUGAUCAAGCGUACUGAUAUGGUCAGCGCUGGAGAACAUGAGAUUCAGAGAAAGUUGCGUACCUGGGUGGAUAAGGGCGAGAGGCUCUGGCUGCUGUCAAUGGACCUUGAAGGUCCUGGGGUUCUGUUUCUUCUUCCUGAAGACAUCGGCGAGAAUAUCUGGCUGCAAGAGCUACCAAAAGGCAAGGGGCCAAGACGGAGUAACAUGCUGAUGUCCCUUAAGAGAAGGGGUAUUACCCAGGAAGCAUCAAGAGUAGAUGCUCAUCAUGCCGCCCACCAAAUCCUAUCGUUGUUUUUAUUUGCAGUUGGUCUUGUUUCCCAUCGGCUGGAGCAGUAUUUACCUCCCCUUGGAAAUUGCUACGAAUCACCCCAUGCACGAAUAGCACACGAAACAAAUGUGCAAGAGGCACAAAAUCCGGGGAUCUCUCAGCAGUCCCCGACACCUUGUAACCCAACUUGCCAACCAUCUGGUUCCACGCCUUUCAACUUUGCUGCGGUCAAUCAAACAUCUUCCGAAGCCAAUGGAGAGGCCCCAGCUGCCAAUUCGAACAGGACGGAUACUGGUGGCGAAUUAUCGACAAACGCAAAUAACGGCAUAUCAUACAAUACACAGAGUCCUUUCAAUAUGAUGACAAGCACCUGUCGAAUGGACGACGCCUCGAACCCCUAUGACGUGAUGGAGAGCACAAGCAUGUUCUUAAACCCCGAUGUAUAUAUGUCAAGCACAGCCCUCCUCUCGGCAAUCUUUGGUCCCAAUCCUUACGCUACAAUGACGAGUACAAGUAAGCUGGGAACCGCUCAAGCCUCGGAUCCGGAAACAAGUACGAUUCAUUAA